GUCGAUGUGUAAGUGCUCUCCGUGUGGACCAAACAAAGCUGGAGAACUGCAGACUUGGAGAUUGACUUUGCCAGGAGCUAGGAAGAGUCCUUCAAGUCACAUCAACUCUCAACAAUCAGUAAGGCCAAUCAGAUUCAUAGCCUGCGAUCUAAAGAUACUAUUCCUGACUUUUGUAACAACAUGAACAAGGCAAUCCCUCCGCUCACCUCUGUUUCUCAAAUAUUUCUGUAAAUCAGCCUCUUCAUGGAGAAAAACCAUACACUUGAGCUAUGCAAGUAUGUUCUGAGCUCUGUGAUGCAUCUCUCCUUCCUUUUAACUACUUUCAAAACCUGUUCUUCAACUGACGUCCCUUCAGAUAGAAUCCUCCUCGACUGUGGUUCUUUGGGAGCAUCAAAAUUCAAUGGAGCAAAAUGGAUAGGAGACACUCGCACCCAUUUUUUGCCUCAAGCAUAUGACGAAACAUCUUCAGCACGCUUCAUCUCAAACCUGAGCUCUGGAGUACCAGAGGUCCCAUACUCAACCGCACGCGUGAUUCAUUCUCCAUUCACAUACUCUUUCCCCUUCUCCCAUGGCCUUGUCUUCAUCCGUUUUUACUUUCUUUCGACUUCGUACCUGGGUCUAAGCCCCUCCAAGGCUUACUUUUCUGUUAAAACUGGUCCUUAUACUCUGUUAAGUAAUUUCAGCCCAUCUGUUGCCGCUAGAGAGCUCAAAUUAGUCUUCUUCACUAAGGAUUUCUUGGUCAACGUCAAGGAAAAGAGACUUGACAUAACUUUCAUCCCGUAUUCUCUGGUUUCCAAUGCAUUUGCCUUUAUAAAUGGCAUUGAGAUUUUCGCAGUGCCUCUCAGUAUUUACUUUCCGGGUCCUAACUCUCCCCUUCCUUUACUUGGGCAUCAGGUACCCUUCUUUAUUAAUGAUGACUAUGCUCUUGAAAUGCUUUACCGGAUUAAUGUCGGAGUUGAUGAGCAUACUGAUGAUGCUGUAAAUGUGUUUGGAACAUAUGACGAUGAUCUGAGCUACAUAGCUAGCUAUAGACAAGGAAGUGUCCUUAAUAUUAAGUUUCGUCCUACUAGGGUGACUUACAACUCUUCCAAAUCCAAUGAUUAUCAUUAUGCAGCACCAGAAGAACUUUAUUGGACCGCCAGGACGAUGGGUAUCGACGAAGACACUAACACGAGGUACAACUUAACAUGGUCCUUCCCGGUUGAUUCCGGUUUCAAAUACCUUAUUAGGCUUCAUUUCUGUGAGAUAUCCAUGGAGAUAGCCCAGGUCAACCAAAGGGUGUUCAAGGUAUAUAUCAACAACCAAACAGCAGAGGAGAGCAUGGACUUGGUUGCUCUUACUGGUGCACCAUCUGUCACUUUAUACAGAGACUACGUGGUCAUGAUUCCUGCAGGAAAUGGGAGGAAGCAAGAUAUGUGGAUUGCCCUUCACCCAAACAUGGAGUCAAAGCCCAGGUAUGCUGAUGCUAUACUGAAUGGCAUUGAGAUCCUUAAGUUAAGCGACAGCAGCCACAAUCUUGCGGCUAGUAUCCAACUGGAUAUGGAACAAAAGGAGAAGAAAACUCGUUACAGCAUUAUUGUUGGAAGUACGGUAGGUGUCAUUUUGGGAUUGCUCAUUACAUUUUUCAUUGUUAUUCACAAAAAGGGGAAGAGAGUUAAGUGGGGACCUUUUCGGGUGGUCCCGUCAAACUCAGCAGGCAAAAGUCCCAAAAAUUUUCAUUCAACAGUCAGCUCAAGUCAAUGCUACCAAUUCACAUUAUCAGAGAUCAGAUCAGCAACGAACAACUUCAGCCAGGCUCUUGCCAUUGGGGAGGGAGGCUUUGGUAAAGUUUACAGGGGGUUCAUCCAUGAUGGAGUCACCACCGUGGCAAUAAAGCGCUGUAAUCCUACUUCCCACCAAGGAUACAGAGAGUUUCAAAAUGAAAUCAAUUUGUUAUCCUCAUUUUGUCACAAGAAUUUAGUAUCGCUUCUGGGCUACUGCCAAGAGGACAAUGAGCUGAUACUUGUCUAUGAAUACAUGGCUGAAGGCACUCUUCGCGAUCACUUAUACAAAACACAGAAACAGCCACUACCUUGGAAUCAAAGAAUACAUAUUUGCAUUGGUGCGGCUCGAGGAUUACACUACCUCCAUACAGGCACAAAGCAUCCAGUUAUUCACAGAGAUGUCAAAUCAGCCAACAUUUUGUUGGAUCACAACCUCGUGGCUAAAAUUGCAGAUUUUGGGUUAUCUAGAAUUGGCCCCACUUCCGCAUCACGAAACCAUGUUAGCACUAAUGUUAAGGGUACUUUUGGCUAUUUAGACCCAGAAUACUACAGGAGAAGAAAGCUAACUGAAAAAUCUGAUGUUUAUUCGUUUGGGGUGGUGCUGUUUGAAGUGUUUUGCGGAAGGCCGGCAGUGAAUCCUAUGGCGGCGGAAGAGGAUGGUGAGGAGAUUGGCUUGGUUCAGUGGGCUUGGCAGUGUCAUCUCUCUGGGGAAUUUCAUCGAAUGGUGGAUCCGCAUUUAAAAGGAAGAGUUCCAUCAGAUUGCCUCAAGGCAUUCGUAGAUAUUGGCAUCAAGUGCUUGGCAGAAAAGAGCACAGAUAGGCCAACUAUGGGGGAAGUGCUUAGUAAUUUGGAGAAGCUUUUGUUGUUGCAGGAGAGUCCAGAUGAAGAAGAAACAAAUGGAGAUCCACAUCCCCUUGUCGGGAUAAAUGAGAAGGCCAACAAGCAAUAGGUUGAUGGAUCAACAAUAACUGCACAAUGAAAUUGUGCCAGAGGAUAGAGAAUGAAGAUUAAUACAUGAUAGAAACUGAAUUGUAGCAACUCGAUGUAUGAAAUGGGAAGUGUAGGAAUUUUAACCA